UUGAUAACACUACAAUUGGCGAAUGGAAUCUUCAAGGUUUACCCAAUGAUGAAUUAUCUAUUCAAAACGGUUUAAUUGUCACAUCAGCCGCUCGUUUUCCACUUCUUAUUGAUCCACAAGGUCAAGGCAAAGCUUGGAUUCGACAGAAAGAAGCUUCUAGCGAUUUGCAAAUCACCACGCUCAAUCACAAAUAUUUCCGAACGCAUUUAGAAGAUGCGUUAUCACUCGGUCGACCGAUGAUGAUCGAAGAUGUCGGCGACGAACUCGAUCCAGCUUUAGAUAAUGUCUUAGAAAAGAACUUCAUCAAAUCGGGCUCAACAUUGAAAGUUAAAGUCGGUGACAAAGAAUGCGAUUUUAUGCAAGGCUUCAAAUUAUAUAUUACGACGAAAUUAGCCAAUCCAUCAUAUACACCUGAAGUUUAUGCUAAAACAUCAGUUAUUGAUUUUACUGUCACAAUGAAAGGUCUAGAAGAUCAAUUGUUAGGUAUCGUUAUUCAAAAGGAAAAGGCGGAACUUGAAGCUGAACGUGUUCGAUUACUUGAAGAAGUUACAUCAAAUAAACGUCGUACGAAGGAAUUAGAAGAUAACUUACUCUAUCGUUUAACAUCAACUGAAGGAUCGUUAGUCGAAGAUGAAUCACUCAUUCAAGUGUUGGCUGAUACGAAAGCAACAUCGAAGGAAGUCAAUGAAAAACUAACCAUUGCUGCUGAGACAGAAAUCAAGAUCAAUGCUGCUCGAGAAGAAUUUCGACCUGUGGCUACACGGGGUUCAAUUGUUUAUUUCUUAAUCGUCGAAAUGUCUAUGGUCAAUGUAAUGUACCAAACAUCAUUAAAACAAUUCUUAGGUCUCU